AUGGUCAAGCUGAACACCGAUCAGCCCGGGCUCAGCGGCCUCGGGGACGCCAGCCCGAUGCAGAACGACGCCGAGGUGAUGUCGUUCGUCGAAGAACUGACGGCGCGUUACCUCGUGGGAAAAGACCCGCUCGACUCCGGCGUGCUGCACAACGUGCUGUACAUGGACCAGCAGGCGCGCGGCGGACGCAUCGCGACGACUGCGUUAUCCGGUAUCGACAUGGCGCUGUGGGACCUCAAGGGCAAGAUCCUUGACCAGCCGGUCUACCGGCUGCUCGGCGGCGCGCAUCGCACGAGAAUCAGGAACGCCGACGAGGCGAAGGUCGUGGUGGACAUGGGAUACACGGCCCUCAAGUUCGACCCGUUCGGCCAACGGAACUACUACACCAUCUCGCUGAGCGAGGCGCAACUUGCGCAGGACCGGGUGGCCGCAGUGCGCAACGCGGUCGGGCCGGAGGUCGACAUCCUCGUCGAGGCGCACGCCAAGUUCAACGUUGCGCACUGCCAUUCAACUCGGCAAGCGGAUGGAGGAGUACCGGCCGCUCUUCUAUGA